GCGCACCAGCACCACAGGGCACCGCACAGGCGAGCGCGAGGCGACGUGCCUAGCCCGGAUAUCAGAAGCAAGCUGAGCCCGGCACGACCUUUGGCUUGUGAAGGCGAAUUCUUUUCUGGCUGAUAGAUAAAAAUCCCCACCACAUCCGCAAGCGCGAACUCCCUCCCCGGAUCUGCAACUAGCCGGCUUCCCUCCCGAUCCGUCUCGCCGCGGCCGAGAUCCUUCCUUCCUCCGGCGAGAGCCAAGAUGUACUCGUGGGAGAUGCUGUCGUUCAACAUCCACGACGGGUUCCUGGAGGCGAUCGUGCGGGGGAACCGCUCGGGCCUCCUCACCCAAGCCGAUUACAACAACCUCUGCCAGUGCGAGACCCUCGACGACAUCAAGAUGCACCUCUCCGCCACCGAGUACGGUCCAUACCUCCAGAACGAACCUUCUCCCUUGCACACGACAACAAUUGUGGAGAAGUGCACUCUCAAGCUGGUUGAUGAAUACAAACACAUGUUGUGCCAGGCGAAUGAACCUCUAUCUACAUUCCUACAGUACAUAACGUAUGGACACAUGAUCGAUAAUGUUGUACUUAUUGUUACUGGGACAUUGCAUGAAAGAGAUGUUAACGAACUGUUGGAGAAAUGCCAUCCAUUGGGCAUGUUUGACAGCAUUGCAUCACUUGCGGUUGCUCAAAAUAUGCGUGAGCUUUACAGGCUGGUUCUAGUUGAUACACCCUUAGCACCGUACUUCUCAGAGUGCAUUACAUCUGAGGAUCUGGAUGACAUGAAUAUUGAGAUCAUGAGGAACACACUCUACAAAGCGUAUCUUGAGGAUUUUUACAAAUUUUGCGCGAAACUAGGUGGUGCGACGGCUGAGAUUAUGUGUAAUCUCCUUUCAUUUGAAGCCGACAGAAGAGCUGUAAACAUUACAAUAAACAGUAUUGGUACUGAGCUGACUAGAGAUGACCGCCGGAAGCUGUACUCCAACUUUGGUCUAUUGUUUCCGUAUGGUCAUGAAGACUUGGCUGUCUGUGAAGAUGUUGACCAGGUGCGUGGUGUAAUGGAAAAGUACCCCCCAUACCAGUCUAUUUUUGCCAAGAUAUCAUAUGGCGAAAGCCAGAUGUUGGACAAGGCCUUUUAUGAGGAGGAAGUAAAGAGGCUGUGCCUGUCAUUUGAACAGCAGUUCCACUAUGCCGUUUUCUUCGCAUACAUGAGGCUACGAGAGCAGGAGAUAAGGAACUUGAUGUGGAUCUCUGAAUGCGUUGCUCAGAACCAGAAGAACAGGGUCCACGACAGCGUCGUGCCGAUCUUUUAAUCGCCCCCUAUUACUGUGCAUAUGGUUGUACAAAAGGCCUGCUUUGAUGAUGGCACAAUCGAUUGCACACUUUACAAGCUCAUGGUUUGUUAUUACCCCUGUUCCUCUUUCUACGCGGCUGAAAAGCUAGACCUGGAGUAGUGUAUCAUUAUUUGUUUUUGUAGUAAAAAUAAAAGGCGCAGUUGUACGGUAAACUAAAUAAAUGAUGUUUAUUUUCGUAGUGGGUGGCACUAUUUGUGCAGUUUGUUGGCAAUGUAAAAUGUACACCCAAGAUAUCAAAUGGUUUGUUGGCAAAA